AUGGGGAGAGGACGAGGAGGUGGGCACUCGAGCGACGUAAGAUCCACAUCAGCUCAACUGCACUCGUCUCGCAGAGGCCGUCCGCUCACUUCCCGCGGAGGCGCUCCCGGGCGCCGCGCUCCGCGGCCGCCGCCUGCCCCCGCCCGCCGCGCCACCGCCGCCGCGCACGCCGCGCCCCGCAGCUCCUGGCUUCCUCCUCUCUAGGCUGGCGUUGGGCGGGCGCGGGCGCUCGGGUGACUGCUGUUGCUCUGCUCCCAGCCCCCCGCCCCGCGCCGCGCGGCUGCCCGUCGCUUCGCACAGGGCUGGAUGGUUGAAUCGGGCAGGGUGGCUCCAGGAUGUUAGGGGCUGUGAAGAUGGAAGGGCAUGAGAGCAGCGACUGGAACAGCUACUACGCGGAUACACAGGAGGCCUACUCUUCGGUCCCGGUCAGCAACAUGAAUUCGGGCCUGGGCUCCAUGAACUCCAUGAACACCUAUAUGACCAUGAACACCAUGACCACGAGCGGCAAUAUGACACCAGCUUCAUUCAACAUGUCUUACGCAAACCCGGGCCUGGGCGCUGGCCUGAGCCCCGGCGCCGUGGCUGGCAUGCCAGGCAGCUCCGCCGGCGCUAUGAACGGCAUGGCGGCGGGCGUGACGGCCAUGGGGACCACGCUGAGCCCAGGAGGCAUGGGCGCUAUGGGCGCGCAGCCCGGGGCCUCCAUGAACGGCCUGGGCCCGUAUGCGGCUGCCAUGAACCCGUGCAUGAGCCCCAUGGCCUACGCGCCGUCCAACCUGGGCCGCAGCCGGGCAGGUGGUGGCGGAGACGCCAAGACUUUCAAGCGCAGCUACCCGCACGCCAAGCCACCCUACUCGUACAUCUCGCUCAUCACUAUGGCCAUCCAGCAGGCGCCCAGCAAGAUGCUCACGCUGAGCGAGAUCUACCAGUGGAUCAUGGACCUCUUCCCCUAUUACCGGCAGAACCAGCAGCGCUGGCAGAACUCCAUCCGCCACUCGCUCUCCUUCAACGACUGCUUUGUCAAAGUGGCACGUUCUCCAGACAAGCCGGGCAAGGGCUCCUACUGGACGCUGCACCCGGACUCUGGUAACAUGUUUGAAAACGGCUGUUACUUACGCCGCCAGAAGCGCUUCAAGUGCGAGAAGCAGCCAGGGGGCGGGAGUGGGGGCGGCGGCAGCGGCGGUGCCAAGGGAGGCCCUGAGAGCCGAAAGGACGCCUCAAGCACCGCCAACCCUAGCACCGACUCGCCACUUCAUCGGGGCGUGCACGGUAAGACCGGCCAGCUAGAGGGCGCGCCGGCCCCCGGGCCCGCCGCCAGCCCCCAGUCUCUGGACCACAGUGGGGCGACGGCGACAGGGGGCGCCUCGGAGUUGAAGACUCCUGCGUCCUCGGCUGCGCCCCCUAUCAGCUCCGGGCCCGGGGCUCUGGUAUCUGUACCCCCCUCCCACCCGGCGCAUGGCCUGGCACCCCACGAGUCCCAGCUGCACCUGAAAGGGGACCCCCACUACUCCUUCAACCACCCCUUCUCCAUCAACAACCUCAUGUCCUCCUCGGAACAGCAGCACAAGCUGGACUUCAAGGCUUACGAGCAGGCACUACAAUACUCGCCCUAUGGCGCCGCGUUGCCCGCCAGCCUGCCCCUAGGCAGCGCCUCGGUGGCCACCAGGAGCCCCAUCGAGCCCUCAGCCCUGGAGCCGGCCUACUACCAAGGUGUGUAUUCCAGACCCGUCCUAAACACGUCUUAGCUCCUCGGGACUGGGGGUUUGUCUGGCAUGGCCAUUCUGUAGCAGGAGAGAAAAAAAAUCAACAGCAAACAAAAAAACAUACCACACUGAGAACAGCAUAAUAAAAUCCCAACUAUUUUUAUUUCAUUUUUUGUGCGCAAUAUUUCCCCCAGUGCAAAGGACUGUUACUUUGUUAUUGUAUUCAAAAUGCCUUGUGUAUAUUAUUACAAAGAAAACCAAUCCCAAACCAACAAUUUUUUUCUCGCAAAGUUUAAUGAUCCACAAGUGUAUAUACAUGAUCCUUCUACUUUCUUGUCCCUCUUUCUUCCCUCUUUCCCUUCCAGACUGACACAUUCUAGUCUGUGUAGGGUUUAUUUAAAACAAAAAGAAAGAUGGCCAAGCUUGUAAAAUAUCUGGGCUUACCCCCACCCACCCGUCUUCACCUGACCCCCCCUCCCCACCCGCCAUACACACACACACGUUUGCAGGUCUAUGGCAAUACUCUUAACCAUAAGAACUGAAAAGGUGAAGGAGCAAGUAGACAUGGGCUGUUAAAAGUCCUGAAGGACAAAACUGCUCUUAGGCAGCAAAAUAUAAACUGAUUAUAAACAUCAGAGCCGGUUUUUUUCAGCUUAAGUUUCUAAUACUUUCAGGCGGCAGAUGUCCUAAAAUGAAACACAUAUCUACUAUGUACCGACUUAUUUAUUCACAGGCUCAGACACCUAGACAUCCUCAUAGCAUAUAAAGGUAAUAGGAGGGUGAUAUACAUGCUACAUUUUCGAGAGUUGCCUAACCAAGAAGUUACAAAGACACCCCCACCUUGUUCUCCCCACCCACACGGAGUCCUGUAAUCGAUUCCUAAGAAUUGUCCCCCUCAAUUACUCUGCUUCUUGCUGUGCAGAGUACCAUGGUCAUGUCAUUCUGAGGUCAUGUAACAUUUAUAAAAUUAGCUUCCAUGUAUCUAUACCAUUUAAAUAAUAUUUUUUCCAAAAAAGGGGGAGUAUUACAAUGUUGGAAGAGAGAUAAAUUAUAACAGGGAACCAUAUAUCAAAAUUUGGCCCAAGAUUCCAAAAUCCAAUUGAUUGUGGCCAUUUUAAUUAUUGCCAUCGUGUGCUUGUUUCAUUCAGUGUUAAUGCACUUUUCACAGUUGGACAUGGUGUUAGUAUAGCCAGACGGGUUUCAUUAUUAUUCUUCCUUGCUUUCUCAAUGUUAAUUUAUUGCAUGGUUUAUUCUUUUUUUUCUUAUAGUUGAAAUUGCUUUAAAUGAUGGUUAAAAUUAAAAAUUAAAAUGUUAAUUUUUAUAAAUGUGAUUGUAAUGAAAAUAUUUUGAUUUAAAUAACAAAAAUGAUAAAUUUUAAGCCGUGGAAUAUGUUCUUGAUCAUUUGCAGUUAAGGACUUUAAAUAAAUCAAAUGUUUAAAAAAAA